CUCAGCCAGCUGCCCUCGCCGGCCGAGGAGGAGGACCACGACCUCUGCGCGCACCUGGUGCAGCUGCUGCACAGCACGCUGGUGGACAGGAUGCGCACCGUGCAAGUGGCUGAGAAGUGCCUGGAGAAGGGCAUCUUCCAGGAUGAGGACCUGGACCGGAUCCACGCUGUUACUGAAAAUCGUGGGAACAGAGAUGGUGCAAGGGAGCUACUGAGCAGAAUAGUGCAGAAGAAAGAUUGGUUCUCUCCUUUUUUGAUUGCUCUCCGUGAAACUGAGCAUGGAGAUCUUGCAGAUGAUUUAAGUGGAAAUACAGGAGGAACAGAGAAUAGACAAAAUGGGAUGGAGAAUAGUACAAAUGAAGAAACAGAAGUUUCAAGCCAACCAGGAUAUGCCAUAUUGGAGGACUGGAAACAGCAAGAAAAUGUGAAUGAUAGUUUCAACAGUGAGAACAGUAUAUGCGAAACCAAAACAGAGCUCAAUGCUGUUAUUUUAGAGUCAGAUGUCUCUGUAGAAGAUCAAAGUGUCAGUAACUUAAAUGAAAACCUGGGACAGAGCUGCACAGCCAGUGAUUCAGAUGAAGAUGAAGUGGAGAGAACACCUGAGCCAGAGCUGACCCUGAGAGAUUACCAGAUGGAAGUUGCAAAGCCAGCACUGAAUGGGGAGAAUAUUAUAAUAUGUCUCCCUACAGGCAGUGGUAAAACCAGAGUGGCUGUUUACAUUACCAAAGAUCACUUGGAUAAGAAGAAAAGAGCAUCAGAGUCUGGAAAAGUAAUAGUACUUGUUAAUAAGGUACCAUUGGUCGAACAGCAUUUACAAACAGAGUUUAAGCCAUUCCUGAAGUGUUGGUAUCGGGUUAUUGGUUUAAGUGGUGAGUGUCAGCUGAAAAUCUCAUUUCCUGAAGUUGUCAGAAGAAAUGAUGUCAUCAUCUGUACAGCACAGAUCCUUGAGAAUUCACUGUUAAAUGCAGCCAAAGAAGAUGAAGAAGGUGUCCAUUUAUCAGAUUUUUCACUCAUCAUUAUUGAUGAGUGCCAUCACACUCAAAAGGAAGGUGUCUACAACAAUAUAAUGCGACGUUACUUAAAAGAAAAGGUGAAGAACAAGAAGCUUGCAAAAGAAAACAAACCACUGAUCCCACAGCCUCAGAUUCUGGGACUUACAGCCUCACCUGGUGUAGGAGGUGCAACAACCAAUAUGAAAGCUGAAGAGCAUAUUCUGAAAAUCUGUGCCAAUCUUGAUGCAUGCAGAAUUAUGACUGUUGAAGAGCAUGCCUCCCAGUUAAAGAAUCAGGUGAAGGAACCGACUAAGAAGACUGUGAUUGCAAAUGACAAAAAAAGGGAUCCAUUUAGAGAGAGAAUUACUGAGAUCAUGACAGAAAUACAAAACUAUUGCCAGCUCUAUCCAAAAUCUGAGUUUGGAACUCAGACAUAUGAACAGUGGGUGAUUGGAGAAGAGAGAAAAGCUGCAAAAGAAGAAAGACGCAAGGAACGCGUCUGCGCAGAACAUUUGAAGAAAUACAAUGAUGCUCUCCAGAUAAACGACACCAUCCGAAUGGUGGAUGCAUACAAUCACCUCAAUGACUUUUAUGAAGAAGAGGAAAGAAAGAAGACAGUAAGGAGUGAUGAUGAUGACGAUGAUGAUGAUGAUGAUGAACCAGCAGUAUCAAAACAGGAUGAAACAGAUGAAUUUCUCAUAGGUUUAUUUAAUGCAAAAAAGAAACAGCUGAAAGAGUUGGCUGGAAAGCCAGAAAAUGAAAAUGAGGCACUAAUACAGUUGCGAAGAACUUUAAUGGAAGAGUUCUCAGAGACUCGGGAAUCGAGAGGAAUAAUUUUCACAAAAACUCGUCUAAGUGCCUGUGCUCUAUUCCAGUGGAUUAAGGAUAAUCCAAAAUUUGAAGAAGUGGGAAUUAAGGCCCAUUAUAUUAUCGGCUCUGGACAUAACAGUGAAAUGAAACCCAUGACUCAGAAUGAGCAAAGGGAAGUUCUUGAUAAAUUCCGGCGUGGAAACAUAAAUUUACUUAUUGCUACUACCGUAGCUGAGGAAGGCCUGGACAUCAAAGAGUGUAACAUCGUUAUUCGCUAUGGCCUCGUCACCAAUGAAAUUGCUAUGGUGCAGGCUCGUGGUCGAGCUCGAGCUGAUGAGAGUACCUAUGCACUCGUGGCUUCCAUUAGCUCAGGAGCUGUUGAACGUGAAGAUGUUAAUAUUUUCCGUGAGAAAAUGAUGUAUAAGGCCAUUGAGCGUGUCCAGAAGAUGCCACGAGAAGAGUAUUUAGAUAAGAUUCAGAAUUUACAGUUGCAAAGUAUAGUGGAAAAAGAAAUGAAGGCAAAGAGAGACCAGCGCAAGACAUACAAGAAAAAUCCUUCACUAAUAACAUUCUUAUGCAAAAAUUGCCACAAGCUGAUAUGUUCUGGAGAAGACAUACAAGUUAUUGAGAAUAUGCAUCAUGUCAGUGUGAAAAAAGAUUUCCAAAGUCUGUAUGAUACAAGAGAAAAUAAGACACUGCAAAAAAAGCAUGCUGAUUACCAGACAAAUGGGGAAAUUAUAUGUAAAGAUUGUGGACAAACUUGGGGAAAUAUGAUGGUUCACCGAGGUCUUGACCUGCCUUGUCUGAAGAUUAGAAAUUUUGUGGUUGCAUUUGCAGGCAAGAAAACAACAAAGCAGAUUUUCAAGAAAUGGGGGGAACUGCCCAUCAGGUUUCCUGGUUUUGAUUAUGCAGCUCAUUGUCCUUCAAGUGAUGAAGAUUAA